GCUUGCCCCCCCACCUGGCCGGUCUUGGUAGGGGGCCUCUUCCCUUCCAUCUCUUGUCUGGGGUUAGACCCAACCCCAGCGGAGUGAGAUUACCCCCCUUACCCUGCGGUGCUUAGACAUGGGUGAGAGGAUGGUGCUAAGACAUAUAGGGUCUGCACGAAAAGCUCUGCAAGCAAAACCGACGGAACUUGCGGAGCGGGUCCUUCCUCUCUGUGAGAGUUAUUGUGCUGUCAGCCGAUUUGUUGAGGUCCGGUCCCAUUUCAAACACGGGCUUGCAAGUCAUGCACUCGCUGCGGCCAUUCGAUCCUUGUUGCAGGACUAUCAAAUGAUGAUUGCUCAGUUGGAGCACCAAUUCAACUUAGGACGUCUCUCGUUACAGGGGCUGUGGUUCUAUUGCCAGCCAAUGAUGGGCGCAAUGCAAGUGCUAUCCAUGGUUGUGCACAGGGCAUUCGCAGAGAACUUGACAGGAGCUUCUCUUCUGAACUUGCUGCAGAGCCAGGCAGGUGCCAUUGCGGGUGACAGCAGCUCCCAUGCACUUCUGAUGAAACUUCUGCAGUCAGCCAGUGCACCCUAUCUUGCUAUGCUUGAGAAGUGGAUUUAUGAAGGGACGAUCAACGAUCCAUACGGAGAAUUUCUAGUCGAGGAGAACAAAAAUGUGCUGAAGAAUCCUGCAGCUGAGGCAAAUGCAGUAAAGAAAAAUCGCUUCGGACACUUUGCAACGGAACACACAUACCUCGAGCGGAUCAACAUUGGACAUAACUUUGCUAGCCAAGAGCUCCUCAAAGUCAUCAUCCAAAAGGCUGACUUGAUGGGAAGGCUGCGAUCCGUCAAGCACUAUUUUCUUCUGGAAAAGGGGGACUUUCUUGUUCACUUCAUGGAUAUAGCACGUGAAGAAUUGACCAAGCGACCGGCCUUGAUAUCCUUAGAAAAGCUUCAGUCGCUGCUCGAGCUGGCUCUUCGCACCUCAGUCUGUGCAAUUGACCCCUAUCAUGAAGACCUGACGUGCGGUCUAGUUACAUCACCGUUGCUCCGGCAACAGCGCGAGAUUCUGAGUGUGAAUCUCGCGCUAAAGUCACGGACAUCCUUUCGCUCCAGUUGUGCGUUGGCCUCUUUCGCUCGUGAUUUCAAGGAAGGCGCUCACAAAAUACCAAGUAAUCUUCAGGCACUUGUUUCACUGCAAACACGUGGAGCGCCAACUAUGUCUGACUUGGCAGGCACUGCAGGCAACAAGGGGGUUGGAUAUGGUGGGAGGUGCAGUAAUGCGGUCAUAUUUCCUUUGCCAGCGAAUGCUCCAUUUCGUGCAGAACUUCGUUCACUACAUGACCUUUGAGGUACGUAAGCCGUUCAAAUGCACACUCGUUAUCGCUGUAUCUGGACUGAAAGUUGGACUAAG